GUCUGCAUUGUGCAGAAGAACGAUACCAAGAAGAUGUAUGCAAUGAAGUACAUGAACAAACAGAAAUGUGUGGAGCGCAACGAAGUGAGGAAUGUCUUCAAGGAACUCCAGAUCAUGCAAGGUCUGGAGCACCCUUUCCUGGUGAAUUUGUGGUACUCCUUCCAAGAUGAGGAGGAUAUGUUCAUGGUAGUGGACCUCCUGCUGGGUGGGGACCUGCGUUACCACCUGCAGCAGAAUGUCCGUUUCCAGGAAGACACCGUGAAACUCUUCAUCUGUGAGCUGGCCAUGGCCUUGGACUACCUGCAGAGCCAGCGUAUCAUUCACAGGGAUAUGAAGCCUGACAAUAUUUUGCUCGAUGAACAUGGGCAUGUGCACAUCACGGACUUCAACAUCGCCGCAAUGCUGCACGGGGAGAUGCGACUCACCACUGUAGCAGGCACCAAGCCUUACAUGGCACCUGAGAUGUUCGACUCCAGAAGAGAAGCCGGCUAUUCCUUUGCUGUGGACUGGUGGUCCCUGGGAGUGACAGCGUAUGAGCUCCUGAGAGGCCGGAGACCAUACCAUAUUCGCUCCAGUACCUCCAGCAAGGAAAUCACACACAUGUUUGAGACAGCUAUUGUGACUUAUCCCUCUGCCUGGUCACAGGAAAUGGUGUCACUACUCAAGAAGCUACUUGAACCUAAUCCAGACCAGCGAUUUUCUCACUUGUCUGACGUUCAGAACUUCCCGUAUAUGAAUGACAUGAACUGGGAUGCGGUUUUGCAGAAGAGGCUCAUUCCAGGUUUUAUUCCUAACAAAGGCAGGCUGAAUUGUGACCCCACCUUUGAACUUGAAGAAAUGAUUCUGGAGUCCAAACCUCUUCACAAGAAAAAGAAGCGUCUGGCAAAGAAGGAGAAGGAGAUGAGGAAAUGUGAUUCCUCUCAGAAGACGUGCCUUCUUCAAGAGCAUCUGGAGUCUGUCCAGAAGGAGUUCAUCAUUUUCAACAGAGAAAAAGUAAAAAGGGACUUUAAUAGAAGACCGGCUAAUCUAGCCUUGGAACAAACCAAAGACCCCCAAGAGGAGAAUGGUCAGAAUAAGAAGUGAAGUCCUCCACAUCUUCGGCUUGGGACCUUUCCUGCCACCUCAGGCCAGGAAUUGCUGACAGUAGUUCUCACCUCUCCACACCUCACACACCUUAGAAAAUGUGCACGAAUGCCUUUGGGAGGAGGCAGCAUGACAGAGACAGAGUUCCGGGUCUCCUGGGACCUCGUUUCACCACAAAUUAACUACGUUGCCCUGAGCAAGUCACUUCCUCUAUGGUCUUUGCUUUGGGUCAUUCACCUAAAUGAGAGGGUUAUACAAGAGGAGCUCUGUUCUCCCUUUCUACUGUUACCAUUCUGUUUUUCCACGCAGCCUUUAUCUUUAUUUUAAAAGGAAUAUUUAGAUGUAGAUUUAUUUUUUCACUCAUUCUAACUACACUGUGAUAAAUGGGCAAAUGGACACUGAUGGGUGGCUGAUGACUGUGUAAGGCUCUUCAGAGCUAGAAAAUUUCUUAGAGGGGUCAGAGAGCCCCCAUCUGACUGAGGAGAGAGAAGGAAUUCAAUCAGGAAGCAAUGAAUGGGAACGGAUUAGAAGUAACAGAUUUCUGAGGUCUUCUAGCGGCAUUCUGGAAUCAGCACACCCUGUCAGCUCCAGUAAGCCAGCAAGAGCCCAGUAAGCAUGUCCUUCCCAUGGCCCUGGACAGAGAUGAGAAGCUGGGCAGCUGAAACUGGUCAUGACUGGUAAACAUUGGUGAUAUUUACGUCACAGAAAUGGGCAAAUGCUUCAAAUCAGGGCUCCCCACCUUCCCAGCCCCCGUAAGCUAGUUGUAAAGCAGUUAUCAGCAUAUCACUCACCUCCUAGCCUUGAGAGUGAAUUGUCCUCUUAUCAGAGACUCUGUCUGGAGAGAUCAGAAAAUCUUACUGUCACACUGAGACCAUGUCCACCUUUUAGUAAUCAAGCUCUCCCUUACCUAUACAGGGGUUACAGUCUGAGUAGAAUGGGAGGGGAAUUUGGAAGAGAGGAAAAUUUACGCUUAGAAACCCCUUUAAAUUACCCACACCAUGGUGGGAAUCUUUUCUCAGUGAGCCACCUUCCAGUAAUGAAGCGAAUCACCAUGUGAGGGUUUAUUUUGUCUUUUAUUUCUGGUCUCAUUUUUGGCCAGUAUCAGAUGAACCAAAAUGUGUUUCAGAUUAUACAUGCCUUUAUAGACUGGAAUAAGAGAACUAGGAGAUGUAGUCAGGCAACCUAAACCUCGUCCUUACAGACAGGGCCUUGCCAAUAUGGCAGAAAGCAGGCAACAGGGAAGAGCAGAUCAAGAAACCAGGCAGAAGUAACAGAUCCCACACCUGCCACACCAGACAUCUAAGGAGGGAAGCAGCACUCGGGCAAUUAAACACGGGUAGGAAGCCAAUGCUGGAUUUUAACUUGGCCUCCAGGAUUUCCUCCUCACUGAGUUAACAGGCCCAGAAUUUCUGGCAGAACUGUGAAUAGUGUGUCUCUACUUUAAGAGCAACCACAUUUUUGUUAAGAAUUAAAACCAGCUCUUUUCUUCUGUUUGACUUUUUUUUUUUUUUCUACAUUUCCCACAUACUAUUUUUCCCGUGCUGUUUUGUUUUUCUCCGAAAGCUACAAACUACGCACUGGCUCCAACUCCAUUUCUGAUUAUGUAUGGAAAGAGCAAGGGGAAGGUGACCCGGGUUCGGUUCCAGGCUGGUCACUCCAGGAGUGUCAGGGACCAUUGGCGUGGUUUACCAUCUUGCAUCUUCCAUGUGUUUUGCCUCAAGUCCUGAUGUGCUGUGGACGUGUCUCUCCAGUCACCUGGAUCCUCC